UCAGAAGCAAAUGAAUCAAGAUGAAACACACAAGUGGCCUUGUACAACAUGUAGUUAUGCAAAUUGGCCUCUUGCAAGAAAGUGCACGCUGUGUUUGACUCCCAAAGAAAGUGUCAUAGAUGUGGAGAAAGGGAAGGUUAAAGCUGAGAUAAUACAACCACCUAGCAACAAAUGGACUUGCAAGAAUUGUACCUAUGACAACUGGCCUGUCACGAAAAGGUGCACAAUGUGCCAGGUUUCAAAGGAUGACACAAUAAUAACAGCUCCAAACGAGAGUGAGCAGACCUCUGAUGGUGCGUGUGGUGCGUCAACUAAAACCACUGCUUCUGGUAUUGUGAGGAAUUCUAGGAGGUCUAGGAAAAACAGAUCAACCUGCAACGAGCCUGCUGACAAAUGGGUGUGUUCUAAGUGUACGUAUGUGAACUUCCCCAAGACAAAGAAGUGUGUAAUGUGCCAGACCUCUCCUACACCCACCUACAUAAGACAGCUCUCCAACUCCAGCUCCAGCAGCACAGACAGUAUACACAGCACUGAGUCACGUCGCUCCGGUACGUCACGUAUUAUAGAGAAGUGCACGCGCACCGAGCAGCGCAGCACUCUCCGGCCGGACAGACCGGAGGGGCGCAGGCCAGAGAAGCGCAAACUACUUUAUGAUUCUACCAGGAAGAAGCAAAUAAGAAAUAAAAUACUUCAAGAGGAUUGGAUCUGGAUACAUGCGUGUAUUGGUGCAAUUGACGGAGACCCUAUCCCGGUAGAGACGUAUAUCAAGAGAAUAGGGAGCAUCACACGCGCUCUGACCCCUGAAGAAGCGCGAGUGCUGAGUUGCGACACACACACAGUCGACCCGGGUCAGAGUCUCAUUCAUCUGGCACUCCAACGGCACUCCAAUCACAACGUCCUUGUAGUCCUUCUCAGUCAUCAACAACAGUCGAGACCCAGUGGAACAGGGGGGAACCUAAAAAGAAUGCCCUCGUACGAAUGUCCGAGUACAGCUACAGAGAUCAGACGAGUUGUAGCCAGUAACCUGAGGCAGUACAACCAUGGAGAUUUCUACUGUCACUACAUGAGCGAUCCUGUUACUUUCAUCCUUCCCUACGAGAUAUUUUCGUUUGGCAGUUACACACAAAAGUGUUUAUUUGACGAGAUCCUGGACCUAGAGGCGCAAAGAGUGCUGGAGGAGAACAGAGUGGUUAACUGGAGUAAGGAGAUCGUAACUAAACACAACAGUAAACUUUACGCUCUCUGGAACAGGAGUGCUGGUGACUGUCUUCUUGACAGUGCUUUACAGGCAACAUGGGGAGUUAACGAUAGGGACGGGUCUCUGAGACGAGCACUUUCCAACACACUUGUACACGCACAGGACAAGUUGUACCCCCGCUGGAAGGAGUACGAGUGUAUGCACGCAGCUAACCUGCACUACACACUAAACGAGUCCCAGUGGAGCACUGCCUGGAAGAAGCUAGUGAAGUUAGCGGAACAACCGGGCAAGUCCCUCGAACAAGCGCACAUAUUCUGUCUAGCGCACGUGCUCCGCAGACCUGUCAUAGUGUACGGGGUGAAGUACGUGCACAACUCCACUGGAGAGGUGCUGGAUUACGCGCGAUUUGAAGGAAUAUAUCUACCGCUCCUGUGGGGAUCAGGAUGUUGUAUAAAGUCUCCUGUAGUACUGGGAUACACGCGAGGUCACUUCUCUGCUCUAGUCGGGAUACAGCAAGAAAGCGACGAUAGUUCUAUAUUACUACCUCUCACUGACUCGCAACAUCAGCCUCUACCCCUUCACUUCAUUACUGAGGAGGAGGUUGGUCUGCAGAACGAACUGAUCAGAGAAUGGUUUGAGACCACCGAGACGAGCAGUGGCGUGCUGUGCGCCGUACAACGGGUCUCAAGUCUUCACAUACUAACUCAGAGACUCAUCAAUGGCUGGCUUCUCAAAUACAAAAGAACUAACACCACCUAAUGAAGGAUUUUAUCAAACUCUGAGAUAUAUCACUACUUUGAUCAAAUAGAUUUGAGAAGAUUUAAUUUUGUGUGUGGACAUUGUUUGUUCGGAACUGGUGUGUUUUAGUCGAUUGUUCAGGAUGGAGACCACAUCUGCUUAUUUGAGAAGGAACUAGGGUUAUGAAGAAGCCCAGUUAAAAGUUGUCUGGUAACGCGCGCAUAUGGGCGACACUAACAAAGUAACAAGAAGCUCAGCCCAGUUUCAAAUUGAGAAUGAAUCAGUUUAUGGCCAGAGGACGCGAACAGAAUUGUCCUUUCCCAGUACUCGCUAUGCAGAUGUGGUCAAGUCAUGUUCUAUACAUCGUGUUUAACUUAUGUAUUUUGGAUUUGAGGUAGAAUUAUUUAUAACUCGGGUCCAUACUAAAUCUCCCUUUAACAGUGUUUCUAGUAAAAUCUAUAUGAAUUUAAUUGAUUAUACUGAAACUGAUUCAGAAAAGUUUGGGUUAAGAUGUGAGGUUUAGUCGGGUUCAGAGAGUGGUUAAGUUUAAAAUUGUCCAGGAAGGGGUGGUUAAGUUUAUUAACAAUUAUGAGGUUCAGAAAGGGUUCAGAAAGGGUCGGGUGGUUAAGUUUGAUAAGAGAUAUGAGGUUUAGUUGGGUUCAGAAAGGGUCGGGAUGAAGUUUGAUAACAGAUAUUUAAUGUGGACCCGUCACUGUGGGGCACUUAAAGAGAGGAUAUUUUGUGUAUUUUGGAACUAAUUUUAUACUUCUUUUGAU